GCAAACGGUAGCGGCUCAUUGACUGAAGUCGUUGCAUUCACAAUACAUAAUUAUUCUACAAUGGUGUCGCAUUCGUCAAACCGGAACGGACGAUGCAAAUGUCUCGAAAGAAACCGGAAUUGAAUUGAAUUUAGAUCAGACUUCAACAGUAGCGUCAAAAAAUCAACUUCUAUCGAUUGAAUUACCUGGAUGGCAUCCGCAAUUUUUUAUCGCCACAUCUUCGUCUCCUGAUAUCCGCAGGGUUUCAUUUCCGUUGUAUUUCACUAUGGCCCAAGGCGAAGAUGCUUCUUCUGUCGUUACAACAGUUUCAGAUGCUGCAACAGUUAAAGAAGAACCUAAAAUAAACGCCAUUGAAAUAGCUGCUCUUUUACAAGAAAAGUAUGCCUUCUUAUCUGGAGCACAAGCUAAGAAUGGAUGCCUGUUUGUCACAAUACCUGAUCAUCCCAAGUUUGGAAGUCUUAGUGACAGAGAUGCUGAAAGAGUCUUUAAAUAUCUUGUUGGACUGGCCAGUGAGGAGAUGCUCAAGAAAGGAUUUAUCUUAGUACUUGACAGGAGGAAGGACAAAUGGGGAGCAGUAAAAUCUUGUCUUCAAAAAAUACAGAAAUGCUUUCCAAAUAAAGUGUGCAUACAUACCAUUUAUGUAUUAAAGCCACAAGGAUUUUUCCAGAAACUUGGUUCUAAACCCAGCUUUGUGGCUGAUGGUCUGCUUGGCGACUCAAAAAUACAGAUUGUCUCUCUCAAUACUGCCACUGAGUUAGAGGAGUACAUUGAUAGUUCACAGCUGUCAGAAGAACUGGGAGGAAGUCUGCAAUAUAAACAUGCACAGUGGGUUCAAUACAGAACAGCAAUUGAAAGGUUUGAACGGAACUUAACAACCUUUGAUGAGAGGACUGCAGAGCUGCGGCAGACUUUUUUGCGGACCAAACUGUCUUCGGUUGUACAGGAAAUGGAACAGAUUAUAGAAACACAAGAAGAAAUGUGGCAUGAUGUCAAAGAAGACAUGGAAAGUGCAAGACAAGCGGGAGUUACUCUGUUGGACUGUAUUCAUCCUAAGCAGAGAGAUGUCCAUGAAGAGUGGUAUACUCCUGACAUCAAGGCAAAUGCUGCAGAAUUGAAACAAGUAUUGAUUCAACUUGAGGACAUGAAGAACAAAUUUGACAGGUUCUGGAAAGAACACAAGUCAAAGAUUCAGUACGGCUUGAAAGUGUGUCUGUUUGAAAGGGAAAUGAGCCAGACAACAGGCCUGCUUCUCUCAGCUUUAGGCAACCUAUCUGCUCUGACAGAUCUCGGAGACUCUAAAGAUGAUGCAGAAUCACUAUUAGAGCAACUUAAAGAAUUUACAAAUAAGAGUAUGGAACUUCUUGACAAAGCCAAAGGUUUAGUUGCCAAGGGACUGAAAAUGAUAGACUCAAAUGAACAAGCAAAGGAUUCCAUCAAGAUGAAAUGUGACGAAAUAAGGGAGCUCUGUGACAAGUUUGACAAGGUGGCACAAAAGAGAGAAGAUGAUUUAAAGAAAGCAAUGGAUAUACACGAGUGUCUGGAAAUGGUCAACAAGUGGUGCAAGACAGGUGUAGAUCUUUUAGCAUUACAGCCCAUAGACAGAUUUCAGUCAUCGGAAGGUGCUGAGAAAGCACUGGAUGAAAUUGAUAACUUCCUGAAGAGUCCACAAGGGAUGAACAUGGUAAAGGUUCGGAAAAUGAUGCCCACAAGUACUGCUCUUGGUAAUAAAACACUGAUCAGCAAGGUCAAAGACAGCAUGAAGAGAAUCAGUGAGGUCAAUGAUAUGAUGGCCAAGCGUGAAACCAGCCUGAAGAAACUUGUUGUGAAGCGUCCAGUACAGCCUGUAUCAGCAAUACCUGCUAAUCAGGCUUCCAAUCCCGAAGAUCAAAAAGAUUCCAAACGUAAACCAAGUACUACUCUCAAGAGCCCAGGUCAGUGUGCCUGGUACAAAGCAAUUGAAAGGUUUGAACGGAACUUAACAACCUUUGAUGAGAGGACUGCAGAGCUGCGGCAGACUUUUUUGCGGACCAAACUGUCUUCGGUUGUACAGGAAAUGGAACAGAUUAUAGAAACACAAGAAGAAAUGUGGCAUGAUGUCAAAGAAGACAUGGAAAGUGCAAGACAAGCGGGAGUUACUCUGUUGGACUGUAUUCAUCCUAAGCAGAGAGAUGUCCAUGAAGAGUGGUAUACUCCUGACAUCAAGGCAAAUGCUGCAGAAUUGAAACAAGUAUUGAUUCAACUUGAGGACAUGAAGAACAAAUUUGACAGGUUCUGGAAAGAACACAAGUCAAAGAUUCAGUACGGCUUGAAAGUGUGUCUGUUUGAAAGGGAAAUGAGCCAGACAACAGGCCUGCUUCUCUCAGCUUUAGGCAACCUAUCUGCUCUGACAGAUCUCGGAGACUCUAAAGAUGAUGCAGAAUCACUAUUAGAGCAACUUAAAGAAUUUACAAAUAAGAGUAUGGAACUUCUUGACAAAGCCAAAGGUUUAGUUGCCAAGGGACUGAAAAUGAUAGACUCAAAUGAACAAGCAAAGGAUUCCAUCAAGAUGAAAUGUGACGAAAUAAGGGAGCUCUGUGACAAGUUUGACAAGGUGGCACAAAAGAGAGAAGAUGAUUUAAAGAAAGCAAUGGAUAUACACGAGUGUCUGGAAAUGGUCAACAAGUGGUGCAAGACAGGUGUAGAUCUUUUAGCAUUACAGCCCAUAGACAGAUUUCAGUCAUCGGAAGGUGCUGAGAAAGCACUGGAUGAAAUUGAUAACUUCCUGAAGAGUCCACAAGGGAUGAACAUGGUAAAGGUUCGGAAAAUGAUGCCCACAAGUACUGCUCUUGGUAAUAAAACACUGAUCAGCAAGGUCAAAGACAGCAUGAAGAGAAUCAGUGAGGUCAAUGAUAUGAUGGCCAAGCGUGAAACCAGCCUGAAGAAACUUGUUGUGAAGCGUCCAGUACAGCCUGUAUCAGCAAUACCUGCUAAUCAGGCUUCCAAUCCCGAAGAUCAAAAAGAUUCCAAACGUAAACCAAGUACUACUCUCAAGAGCCCAGUUCAGUUCCGCCGGGAACGUAAGAAGUCAACUACUCCUGAAUCAACCAAGCGGCCAGUGUCCAUUGUGUUGACUGACAGUCUUCAGCCACAAGGAGGUGUCCGUUCAUCAGUUUCUGAGCCUAGUAUGCAGAGAGACAUUGUGGAUGGUACUGACAGUCCAGAAGCUGGCAGGAAGCGGAUACAAGUCAUGAGAGAAUUGAUUCAAACAGAAAAAGACUAUGUCAAUGACUUAGAAUGCAUUGUCAAUGGAUACCUUAAGGAAUUUGCGCGAGCUGGAAGCAAGAUCCCGGCUGAUUUACGUGGGAAAAAAAACAUAAUAUUUGGAAACAUUGAACAGAUUUAUGAAUUUCACAGCAGUGACUUUUUACUUGAGCUUGAAGCAUGCCAAGAUCAGCCUUCUCUUGUGGGUGCUGCAUUCAUCAUGAAGAGCAAUGAAUUUGAAAUGUAUGCAACAUAUUGUAAGAACAAACCAAGUUCUGAGGCUCUAAGAAUGGACUACAUUAAUUUGCCUUUCUUCAAGGAGUGUCAAGAACACUUGGGCCAUCUGUUGCCUUUAAGUGCAUUUCUUCUUAAACCAGUGCAGAGAAUCACAAAAUACCAACUGCUGCUGAGAGAGAUGAUGAAACUGACACUAAGAAACAGCACUGCAUAUGAUGACUUAGAGAAAGCUCUUGAAACCAUGGAAGGAGUUUUACGCCAUGUGAAUGAUGUCAUGCACUCUUGUGGGAUUAGAGGUUUUCCUGGUAACCUUGCUGAGCAGGGAAAGUUGCUUCUUCAAGAUUCCUUCAUGGUUUGGGAGACAAACAAAACCUUAAGUAUAUUGCCAUCGAAAGCGGGAAAGCAGCGACAAGUGUUUUUGUAUGAAAAGAUGAUUAUCUUUAGCAAGAAGAUUGAUGUUCAAGAAACUAGCAAAGAUGCUGUUGUUUAUCAGUACAAGAAGGAUGUUAAGACAUGUGAUGUGGGAUUCACUGAAACACUGCCAGCUGCACCUGAAAAAUUUGAGCUGUGGCUGAAUGGAAGAUCAGAAGUAUUUGUCAUGCAACCUGCAUCUAUGGAAGUAAAGAAACGUUGGGCAAAGGAAAUUACAAAUCUUCUGCAGUCCCAAUUCAAUCAAGUGAAAGAACAAUUUGGAAUUCAUGAUCGUUGGAAAUCAACCUCAGCUCUGUCGUCAGCAACUAUUUCUACAGAAACACAACUAAAAUCAAGAAGUCAUUCUACAUUGUCAAUUGCAUCCACUUUUGCAGCUACUAACAAGAGAUGUUCAGACAUACUGGAGAGGAGUAACACCAAUGAUGAUGAUGAUGAAGAUGAUGGCUUUGACACAGAGGAAUUUGAUUCAGAUAUUAGUGACGAGUCACCGACCAAUGAACCAGAGCAGUCUGAAUACAAUACACAGUACACACAGCCUGUGAGUACAACAGAGUAUAACACGCAAGAUGUUCCACGUAAAGGAUCAGGGUACUGUGCUGUCGCUGGCUACGACGCUGUGGAGAACACAGAGGUGUCCUUUCAGGAGGGAGACACUCUGGAACUGCUGAGGGUUGGACAGGAGGGGUGGUGGUUUGCGCGGCACACAGGAACUGCACAGGAGGGCUGGGUUCCAGCAAGUUAUUUAACGUAGCAAGGAGGGACAAGUUCAUGACAUACUCAGUUUUUUUGUGUGUGUAGACUACACAAUUAUUUAUAAAUAAAGUGUUUAUGACUGCAACAUUUUGGAUGAUAGUUAGACCAGUUAUGUUUUAAUUUCAGCUUCUAACUUAUUUAAAGUAAAUGUACUAGCUUCUAAAGGAACUAUUUCAGGAAUGAUGCACUGCGAAAAGAUUGGCCGAUAUUUACAAAUAUUGUCAGUCUUCACUUUCUCAGUCACUACCAUGUUGGUUUGUUUGUUCUUCGUUGGUGUUUUUUCUACCCUGGAAAGUGCUAUUUUGAUAUUUUUGAUAUCAUUUGAUCAUAUUCCAAAAUAAAUGUGACUUAGAAUAUUUUGGCAUAGCUCCUUUAAGUCUUUAACUGAAGCUUUUGCUGGAUAAUUCUCCGACGAAAGAUUGCCUUAGGUUUGGGGGUUAGCAUUAGAAUUUAAUUAGGAAUUUAAUAUGGCUUAGUGGAAUUUACAAAUUACUUUGAAAAAGGGGUUUAAAAUAGCAUGUGAAAGUAAAUAAUUAUUUAUCUUGCAAUGUACAAAAAUAUGUACAUCUCAGGACCGCCAUGUAUGUACACAGACUGUAAAACAGUUCUGUCCCCUUUAGGUCUCCUCCCUCCCAUAAAAUAUCUUGUCUGUUGAUCAGCAUGAGGUGAUAUAAUUAUGUAAAUGGUUACGACAUAUUCAGCAUUACACUUUGUUGGUUCUGCUUAUUAAAGAAAUUGAUCAGGAGGCCUCUCUUUGUUUACAUAUAGCUUGAUGCAUUGAAACACUACAAACUUUGGGAGAAUUCAUUUAAAGUACCUUAUGGAUAUAAAC